AUGACGCUGCCGCUGCGCCCCGACUACUUCAAGUGCCCACCGCUGAUGCGCUGCGAGAAGGACCAGCUCAUUUCGCUCGGGCAAAAGAUCUGCAAGGACGUCGUGCUCAACGCCAUGUCGAUGCAGCUCGCGCCCGUCACGCCGUGCUCACCAACGCCAAGACACGGCGCCGCGCGCGCGUACAUGCGCCGAGGCACCGACGUCUUCAACCGGCAGCUCGAUGGCAUGUGCGCGUACACGCAGAUCCCGUCGACGCUCGCGCAAGUCGCCGACUUUUUCUACCUCGACACCAACACCAAGCUCCGCGCCUAUGCCUCGGUCGUCGGCCAAACGAUUUUGGACCGACAGACGCUGUAUACGCUAAUGGACCACCCGGGGCUGACCACGCAGCGCAACCAGCUCAUGGCGCUGAGCCCGCUCCACUACAUUGGCGUCGAGUGGAUGGUCAUGGAGUGUCCGUUUGGCGUCUCCAACCGCGACACGUGCUUCCUCGAGGCGCACGACGAAUUCGAGUUUUACGACGAGCGCGCCAAAGUGCCGCGCCGAGGCUUUGUGCGCGCCGUGCACUCGAUCGACAUGGCGUGCUGCCCGCCGCUGCGCGAGACACACGGCCUCGUGCGGUCGUCCUUGGUCCGCUCGGGACACAUUUUCAUCGAGACCGACGACCCGAACGUGCUCGACUAUGUCUGCGUGUACGUGACGAAUCCCAACGGCAAAGUGCCGCGGUCCGUCAACCUCAAGAUGCUCCACCACCAGUGCGCGCGGGUGCUCAAUUUGGAAGAGUUUUUCCACCUUGAACGGAUCACGUCGGCGCUGGACCACGGCGAGUUUGCGCCCGUGGGGUCGUUCCAAAGCAAGGCCAUCGCCAACUUUUGCGCGUGUUGCGACAAAAAGUUUGGCCUCUUUUACCGCAAGUCGCAUUGCCGCAAGUGUGGCCACGUCGUGUGUCACCAGUGCAGUCGCAAGUGGCCGAUCCAAUUUCGGAAAACAUCGACCGUGACGCUGCGGCUCUGCCACGUAUGCUUUGUCGGCAGCGCAGGCGCCAAGCCGCUCCCGACAUCGUCCG